AUGUCGCAUGAAAAGGCUGAGGCUCGUCUAGCCUCCGAACCGAACGAGCAAGAUCGCUCUGUCACAGAAGUCAGCUCUAAGCCAGAGUCCCAGCCGGAGCCUACCUCCUUUGCUUCGCGGGCAUGGAGACAUAUGCAAGAGCCCGUCCGUGCUUCGGGUUUUGCUGAGUUCGAGCUGCUAUUUCUGACCUUUUGCACCGGCAUCCAAGAUGCCAUCUCGUUCCCUGACUACCACUGUUUCGCCUCCAACCAGACGGGCAACACGGUUUUCCUGAUGUUGGCCAUCGUUCUACCCGAGCUCAACGGCAACAUGUUCAUCACUCCGAACAUCGGGGCUGCCCUCGGCUUCUUCCUGUGCGCCGGGUGGAUAACCGGCCAGAUCAGCCACAUCGUCGGGCCUCGUCGGAGAAUCUGGCUCGUCUGCUCGAACUUCAUACAGUCAUGCCUGGUGUUCGCUGCCGCAGCGAUACAGUACCGUUACGGAACCGGACUACACGGCUCGACUGCGGUCAUCGUCGUCGCGCUGCUCGCCUUUGCAGCCGGCAGCCAGGUUGUCCAAUCGCGCUCUCUGAAGAUGACCGAAAUCAGUACGGCCAUGGCGACGGCUGCGUGGGUCGAUCUGGUGGUCGACCCGGCAUUGUUUAAGCGUAAGAAUCAUCCGCGGACGAGGCGUGUCAUGUUCUUGCUGUCGCUCAUUGCCGGAUCCCUUGUGGGUGCUGGUAUCUACCGGACUGCUGGCUCUGCUGCGGCCAUCUUCGUCUCAGCGGUGGGAAAGUCGAUCGUCACGAUCAUGUACUUCUUCAACAGCACUGACAAGCCGAGGAAGGACGAGGGUGGUGAUUCUUGCUAG